AUGAAAUAUUACAUUAAAUUGUUCAAAAACAAAUUGUGGCCCAAAGGGAAAAAAAGACAAACUCACACGAUAGUAUCUACAAAUAACAAAAUAAAAAAUGAAAAAAGUGCAAACCAAAAAAGUACGAACAUUUCUAAUGCCAGUAUAGUUACUCAAGAAAAUGAAAAUAGAAAAAAAAAUUUUAAAAAAAUUCAAUUAGGAAAUAAAAGUAAUUUAGACCAUUUUAGUAACAUUAAAUUCGAAAUGAAUAAUAUAAAAUAUAAUGAAAUAAGAAGAUACUACCUAAACAAUUCUAACAAUUUUAUUAAUCCAGAUGGAUUAAAAUGUAAUAUAUUAUCCGCCAUCAAUUGUGACGAUAAUAUCUUAUUUUAUUUAUUUGUUUUUUCUUUUACAAAUAUAAAAAAUUAUUUGUUAGAACUUAUACAAAUACAUAUUAAAAAUUCGAAAACAAAUGAAACAGUAUCUAAAAAUGUUCCAUUUUUUAUCAUAAAUCCCAACAAUUCUAUAAGCCCUGAUGCAAAUUUUGAUCAAUCUAACUUUCAAUAUACUUCAAAUAAUUACAAGCUUUUUAGUAAUGUUAAAAUAGCAAUAAAAAUACAAGAAAAUAUUAAAAUAAGUAAAUAUGCAAAUGAAAAUACAUAUAUUCAAGAUAUAUCUAUGGAUAAUAUAUUUUAUGUUAUAGAAUACAGAAUGUGGAAUAAUUAUUAUGAACUAGUUCAAAUUUAA